AAACUUUUAAAAAUUUAUAAUUGAAUAACAUAAAAUUUGUUAUUUUGACGUAAAUCGAAUAUGCUCCCUAUAUGUUUCUCAGUCUCUUUCUCCGAUUGAUACAUCUCUCGUUACUCUCGAAAUAAAGCUCAUCAUCUGAGGAAAUUCAUCAAUUUGCCGGUGACUUUAGUUCAAUUCCGACCCUCCGAUGGGCUCGACGUUCAGAGAUCGGACGGUGGAGCUUCAUUCACUGUCCCAAACAUUGAAGAAGAUCGGGGCAAUCCCGUCCGUUCAUCAAGAUGAAGAUGAUCCGGCAUCAUCCAAACGGUCGUCUCCGGGAUCCGAAUUCAAUAAGAAGGCUUCCCGGAUCGGGUUAGGUAUUAAAGAAACGUCACAGAAGAUCACGAGGCUCGCUAAAUUGGCAAAACAAUCGACGAUUUUCAAUGACCGGACUGUGGAAAUACAGGAGUUAACUGUGUUGAUCAGGAACGAUAUCACGGGGCUGAAUAUGGCUCUCUCGGAUUUGCAAACCCUUCAGAACAUGGAGCUUGCUGAUGGGAACUAUUCACAGGACCAAGUUGGUCAUUACACUGCUGUUUGUGAUGACUUGAAAACCAGACUUAUGGGAGCUACUAAGCAGCUUCAAGAUGUUCUAACUACGAGAUCAGAGAACAUGAAGGCUCAUGAAAACCGGAAACAACUCUUUUCCACAAAAAAUGCAGUAGAUAGUCCGCCUCAGAAUAAUGCAAAAUCUGUACCUGAGCCUCCUCCUUGGUCAAGUUCAUCAAAUCCUUUCGGGAAUUUACAACAACCACUAUUACCUCCAUUAAAUACUGGAGCUCCGCCAGGUAGCCAGCUCAGACGCAGAUCCGCGAUCGAGAAUGCUCCUUCACAGCAAAUGGAGAUGUCCUUGUUGCAGCAAACAGUCCCAAAGCAGGAGAACUAUAGCCAAAGUCGAGCGGUUGCACUUCACAGUGUUGAAUCAAGAAUAACAGAGCUCAGUGGAAUAUUCCCGCAGCUAGCUACAAUGGUCACACAACAAGGAGAGCUAGCAAUCAGAAUCGAUGACAAUAUGGAUGAAUCGUUAGUUAAUGUAGAGGGAGCACGUAGCGCUCUUCUGCAGCAUCUCACUCGAAUUUCGUCAAAUAGAUGGCUCAUGAUGAAGAUCUUUGCUGUUAUCAUCUUGUUCCUGAUUGUUUUCCUCUUCUUUGUGGCUUAAAACAAUACCAUUUUAUCUCUUGUUCCUGGGGGUAUCAAAUCUAUACAUAUGUUAAGCUUGUAAGCUUCUAGGGCUCCUUUUUUUUGUGUGGAUAGUGGAGUGUCAAAAAGUUUAAUUUUUCUGCAAGACUCAGUUGUAUUUUACCAGGAAACUUCUGAUGUAAUAGCAUUUAACUCAAGUAAAAAUUCAAAGCAAACAAAGUAAUUAUUAUUCUAAUU